GAUCGACGAGUGGGAGUGUGCGUAAUGGACAGAGAAAGGGGACCUUGCAAGACAGAAAACAGAGAAGAACGGGACAUGGUAUUGACGAGAGGGAGUCGCCAAGAGAUUAGCGACCAUGCAGUGCUGCAAUCACAAUGGAGGGGGGAGGUCGGAGUGGAAUCUGAUGAAGGCGGUCCGGAAAGCGGCGCUGACAAGAACGUUUAUGCUAGGGGGGACAACGGGGCAAAGCAUGGAGGGGGGCAAAAUUAGUUUGAGAGUGAAUCAGGAGAUGGCGAGAGUGUACGUCACGUACCUGCGCGCGCACGCAGUAUUGAUCCGAUUUGAGGGUCCGCUGAGACAAUUCUCGUGGGAACUGAAGGUAGAUCUCGUCGGCCAGUGGGAGGGCACAUGGCCACGAUUGGCAAGAGGACGAUUCAAGGGGAGGAUGACUGCUGAGGGGCCCGCAACGAUCCUCUAUUGGGCACCAUCGACGAUGUUGAGAAUGUGGUUGGUGGAAACUUGUCAGGAAGAGAAGGUCAACAUCAAUGGCCAAGAGCAUGUGGCUACCUUUGCACCAUGGAAAACGCCGGUGGAGCUCGAGUGGGAUAGACUGAUGGAGCGCAAGCGCCACCCUGCAAAGCUCCUAGUAGAGGGUAGCUUCGUCGAUGUGGAGGGAGUGUCGACAGGGCACUUCCUCCCCUCGGUGAGAAUACGGCAACUCUCCGAUCAGGGCAAUGGGAGUGGCCCCGCGGAGAAUCGGACGAAAGGGGAGAUCGAAGGAAGACAGGAGGGGGAGGUGCAGCAGAGGGCUUUGGGUCGUGACAAAGCACAGGAAAAGGGGGAUGAUGAAGAGGAGAGGCAGGGGCGGCGGAGAACGCAUGAGAGUGCGGAGAGGGAGAAGGGGAACGCGGGGGUAGCGGGGAGACGGAAUGAAAGUCGACAUCAGGGGCGGGGAAAGAGGGAGGAAAGGGGGGAGAAUGAGGGAGGCCGACCACAGCAACAGCAGACGAGAGAGGUCGAGAUGGGGGAGAAUAAGGAGGGAGGAGAGGAGGGGGAGACCCCACGGGGAACAUCGGAGGGUGAGCAGGGGGACAUGGAGAUGAUCGAUCGGGAGGGAGGGGGCGAAAUCUGCCCCCCGGAAGGGAGGGUGGAACAGAGAAGACCAUCGAGAUUGGAACAGCUGGAAAGAGAGCAGCGGGCGAUCUUGGGAAGUAAGGAGGAAGGGAGGUGUCGGGAAGGGCUGGAAGGGGGGGGCGAAGGGUCGGAGGAAAGGAAAUGUGGGCCACGGGGAGGCCAGCAGACAAAGGAAGAGGUGAGCACAAAAGGAGAGGGAGGAAAGAGAAAGAGGGACCAGGUGGAGAAGAAGGGGGAGGAGGUGGGGAAGAAGGGGGAGGACGUGGGGAAGAAGGGGGAGGUGGUGGGGAAGAUGGGGGAGGUGGCGGGCACAAAGGGGAGACAAGCUUUUUAUAAUGAGCCUCGCGAGGAUAGAGGGGUGGUUGGUAUGAAGGGACUGCUGGACAAACAAAAAAAAGAGUUGGACCAACAAAAAUUUGACAUGGUUGAAAUGGGAAAGGAGAUGGCAUUGAUAAAGGUUCAGUUGGAGGAAAUUGCAAACAAUGAUAAAGGAAAAGAGAAGAUAGGCGAGCCACAGAGGAAGCAAAAAGAGGACUUAUGGCAACAAGUGGCUGAAAUGGAAAAGGAAAUGACAUUGUUUAAAGAUCGCUUGGAGGACAUUGAAAAAAGAGAUGAAAAGAGAAAGAUGGAGGAGGCAUGCCAGGAGCAAGGACAGGAGCCACAAGAUCGGGAGGUGGGGUCGAGUCAACUGCAAGGAGAGCCGCAGGAGGAGCUGGGGAAGAGUGAGCCACAUCAGCUAGAGGGGCAGAUGCAGUGUGGCAUGCAACAGGUGGCAAAAAAAUGCCACUACUGCAAAGCAGACGGCCAUUUGACCAUCCAUUGUGUUCACUACGAUUUUGAUCACAGUCACGGUUUCGUGCGAUAUGAACACAGAGUACAAAAUGAAGGAAGGGCGAAACAAACAACGAGGGGAUCGAGAGGAGGAGGGGGAAAGAGAAAGAGGGUGGAGGUGGAGAAGAGGAGUGAGGGGGUGAAGAAAAAGGGGGAGCAGUUGAAGAAGGCGCAUGAGGUGGAAAAUAAUACGGAGGAGGUGAAAAAGAAGCUUGAUGAGGUCUAUAAGGAGGAGGAGGUGAAGAAAAAGGGUGAGGAGGUGAAGAAUAAGGGGGAGGAGUUGAAGAAGGUUAGUGAGGUGAAGAAGAAUGGGGAGGAGGUGGAGAAGAAAGGGGACGAGGUGGAGAAGAUAGGGAGGGAAACUUUUGAUGUUCAACCCCCCGAGGACAUGGAAAUUGUUGCGCUGAAAAAUCUGGAGGAUAGUCAAAAAAUAGUGUUGGAUGAAAUCAGAGCAGAGGUUGCGACUAUUGGGACGCACAUGGGAUUUCUUUUCUGACGAUUGCGUGAGACCCUAAUGGCGGCGUGGAGAUUUGCAGACCAUCGAGCAGAUGAAGAGAAAAGGAAGAGAAGACGGACUCCAAAGACAGGAGCGUCAUUAAGUAUGCAAAAAAGAGUGAAGGAGGAAUUGAUGAAGGAAAGAGGUAUGAGAGGGAUCGAGAAGGACUACAAGGAGGAUGAAGAGGAGGAGGUAGAGAGGAAGGAGCAAGAAAGGAGGCACGAAGAACGCCAAGGGAAGCAGGAGAAAGAGUCUGCGGAGCAAUAUGAGGAGGAGGGGAAGGAAGAAGAGUAUGAGGACAAGGAGGGAGAUGCAUCAUCACGGAGGCAUGAGGAACCCCAAGGGAAGCAGGAGAAAGGGUCUGCGAAGCAAUCCGAGGAGGAGGAGGAGGAGAAGGUAGAAGAGUACGAGGGCAAGGAGGGAGAUGCAUCAUCACGGAGGCAUGAGGAACCCCAUGAGGAGCAGGAGAAAGAGUCUGCGGAGCAAUCUGAGGAGGAGGAGGUGGAGGAGAAGCAAGAGGAGGGGAAGGAAGAAGAGUAUGAGGACAAGGAGGGAGAUGCAUCAUCACAGAGGGAUGUUGUUAUCCAGGUCGGGAGUGGAAGUAGGGGCGGAGGGCAAUCUCGCGAACGAGGAGGUGGAAAAGGAGGAAGAGGAAGAGGAGGAAGAGGAAGAGGAGGAAGAGGAAGAGGAGGAGGGGGGGGAGGGAGUGAAGGACAAGGACGACGGAGAGGAGCAGGCAAUAUGGAGGGAAAAGAGGAGCACGAUCAGGAGGAAGACGAGGAAGAGGAGGAGAAACAGUCGAUCGCCGGGGAGGAAGAGGAGGAGGAGGAGGGGGAGGAGGAGAAGGAGGUGAUGGAAGAGGAGGAAGAGGAGGAGGAGGAGAACAAGAGGAUCACAAAAGAAUGACUACGCCGGGUAGCGGCUGCUUCUCCUCACCUCUGCCUUUUCUUUUUUGUUUUUUUCAAUCAAUCAAUCAGUCAAUCAAUC